AGCCAGCUGCCGAACUGGAAUCGACGGCAGAACAAUGGCGCCGACCGCCGCGAGUUUUGCGGCCUUUCCGUUCCUGUCAAAGCACCAACUGAUUGUUCCGAACGCAAGGGUUCCUAUAAGCAGCUGCGACAGAAUCAAGUUGCGGAGACUCGUCGGCGAGUCUUGCUCGCCGGUGCUAUUUCGGCAAUAUCCAGUCUGUCUCCGUACUGGAUCCCGACGACCUUGCCUGCCAGAGCCGAAGGAGGACAACCGGCGAAGGACGAAGAGGAGGGCGUGAUGGGCGCAAUCAAAUCGCUUCUGGAUCCAAACGAGAAGACGAAAUCAGGGAGACUGCUUCCGAAAGCUUACCUGAAUUCGGCUAGAGAGGUGGUGAAGACGCUGCGAGAGUCGCUGCAGGAGGAUCCCAAGGACAAUGCCAAGUUCAGACGGAACGCCGACGCAGCUAAGGAAUCCAUUAGAGAGUAUUUUAGCAAUUGGAGGGGCCAAGAGAAGAUCGUCCACGAGGAAUCGUACGUGGAGAUAGAGAAGGCAAUAAGAGCACUGGUGAGCUUCUACUCGAAAGCAGGGCCAUCCGCAGCACUACCGGAAUCCGUGAAGUCUGAGAUACUGGAUGAUUUGAAGACCGCUGAGGAGUUUUUGUGAGAAUGUAAAUAUCAAAUGGAUUCAGUUCAAUA